AUGGGCGAUCGAAAGCGCAGCACCACAUCAUGUCUCAUUGUCGGCGGCGGCAUAAGUGUUCCAUCCUCACUUUAUAGCUACAGUUUUGCCCAAAGUCCAGAAUGGUCAGAGACUUUCGCUCCUCAAGAUGAGAUCCUGAACUACUUGAUCAAAGUUUCAGAAGAUCAUGACCUCUACAAAUAUGUCCGGUUCAACACGGCCCUGGAGGGAGCUGAAUGGGAUUCCAUUGAGAAGAAGUGGGUGUGUAAGCUCAAUGUCUUGGGAGGGAAAGAAAUCGAAAUGUACCAGGAGUACACUGUCAAGGCAGAUUUCCUCGUCACUGCUGUCGGCCAGCUGAAUGUCCCCAAGUGGCCCACCGCGCCUGGACUGAAGGACUUCAAGGGCAAACUCAUGCAUUCCGCUCGAUGGGACUGGAACUACGAUAUCCGAGGAAGCACGGCUGUUCAGAUUGCCCCAGAGGUCGCAAAGGUUGCGUCGAGCUUCGUCAUUUACCAGCGCAGUCCGCACUGGCUCCUUCCCCGAGACAAUUCUUCCAUCUCUGAAGGGCGGAAGCAGAUGUACAGACGAUUCCCAGCACUACUGCAUUAUGACCGCGCUAGUACCAUGAGGUAUCGUGAGAGUCUUCAUGGUGCUGUGACGGAUGUACAUUCGAAAGAGGCCGUAGAGUUGGAAGCUCUUGCCAAGGAGUUCAUCAUGUCACAAUUACCAAACAGACCCGACUUAUGGGCCAAGUUAACCCCUGACUACCCUGUUGGGUGCAAACGGGUUGUGAAAAGCGACGACUAUCUAGCUAUCUUUCGACAAAAGCAUGUACAUCUCGAAACAAGCCGAAUCACGAGGAUCAAAAGCACAGGCAUUGAAUGUGACGAAGGCGAAACGGAAUUCGACUUGAUCAUCUGUGCUACUGGUUUCGAGACUACCUCCUUCUUCACCGACUCUUUGAAUAUUGUCGGACCCGACAAAGACCUUCAACAGAUCUGGAAGGGAGGGCCUCGUGCUCUGUACGGCAUGCUGGCCGAGUCUCUACCCAACUUUGCCAUGUUGUAUGGUCCGAAUACAAAUCUAGGUCAUAACUCAAUCAUCCUUAUGAUUGAGGCCCAGUCGCGGUAUAUCUCCGAGCUUGUGAAAGAGGUAGUGGACGCCAGACGCAAAGGAGACUCUCUUAUGAUCGCUCCAAAACGAAGCGCUCUGGAGAGGUUCAACAAGGACUUGCAGAGCGAGCUUAAUCAGAGCUCUUUUGCGAAUCCAGGCUGCAACAGCUGGUACAAAAACGCAGACGGUUUGAUAACGACAAAUUGGUCCCGGAAUGUUGUCGACUAUCAAAGACUCCUUGAGAGGGUGGACUGGGAUGACUUCGAACUUGGAAGAAAGGCUGAUGGACUAUACAUGGUUGGCGGCUGUGUCUGGUAG